AUGGCUUCUGAAAAGGCACCAAUGGCCGAACAUGUUGAGAAAGAAGAGUCUAAUGACCAUGCAUCUCACUCAGAAGUCGACCACACCGACCUCCAGACCAGCAAUGAAGCCCACGCAGCAAUCGAAAAGGAGCACAACAUGACCCCCUGGCAAGCCCUGAAGAUCUACCCCAAGGCAGUCGCCUGGUCGCUCCUUCUGUCCUGUGCCAUCAUCAUGGAGGGCUACGAUGUAGUUCUUCUGGGCUCAUUCCUCGGCUUCCCAGCCUUCAACGAGAAAUAUGGAAACCUCAUGUCAGACGGGACCUACGGUCUAACCGCAUCCUGGCAAGCAGGACUAAACAAUGCCAUGUCUUGCGGUCAAAUCGUAGGUCUUUUCCUCAACGGCAUUGUCUCUGAACGCUACGGCUACCGCAAAACCCUCAUGGCCUGUCUCGCCUCAACCGUCGGCUUCAUCUUCAUCCUCUUCUUCGCACCAAACAUCUCAACCCUGGUUGCCGGCGAGCUUCUAAUGGGCAUCCCACUUGGCGUCUACCAGACCCUCACAGUGACCUACGCCUCAGAAGUGUGUCCAGUCGCUCUGCGCGCCUAUCUGACCACAUACGUCAAUUUAUGCUGGGUCUUCGGCCAGCUCAUUGCCAGCGGCGUCCUAAAAGGCCUAGCAACACGGACAGACCAAUGGGCCUAUCGCAUUCCCUUCGCCAUUCAAUGGGUAUGGCCCAUUCCAAUCUUCAUCGGUGUCUAUCUCGCACCGGAGAGUCCAUGGUGGUUAGUCCGCAAGGACAGACGCGAAGAUGCCGUCAAAUCCCUCAAGCGUCUCACCAAAGCAAACAGCCCUGGAUUCAGCGCCGAGGAAACCGUCUCUAUGAUCAUCUACACCAAUGCCCUCGAGAAGCGCGUCGAAACUGGUACCUCGUACCUAGACUGUUUCAAGGGUAUUGACCGCCGCCGCACGGAAAUCGCAUGCUGCGUCUGGGCCGCUCAGAGUCUCUGCGGUGCAGGACUAAUGGGCUACUCGACGGUCUUCUAUCAGCGUGCUGGAUUAGCAGUGUCGCAGUCCUUCACGAUGUCUCUGGCACAAUAUGCCAUCGGAGUGGUUGGAACUCUCAGCUCGUGGGUGAUGAUGACCUACUUCGGUCGACGAACCCUGUACGUGGGCGGAUUGUUCCUGCUCACAGUGGUCCUACUGGUCAUUGGCUUCGUCUCAAUUGCACCAUCAACACCAGCGAUCUCUUGGGCGACGGGGUCCAUGCUUCUCGUUUAUACAUUCAUUUACGACUCGACUGUUGGGCCAGUUUGUUUCUCGCUUGUAUCUGAGAUGCCGUCGUCCAGACUGCGCACAAAGUCGAUUGUCGUGGCGAGGAAUGUUUAUAACGUUCUCAAUCUUGUCACGGGCAUUAUCAUUCCGUAUAUGCUUAAUGUUGAUGCUUGGAAUUGGAGGGGCAAGUCGGGUUUCUUCUGGGGUGCGCUCUGUAUCCUUUGUCUCGUUUGGGCUUUCUUCAGGCUUCCUGAGCCGAAGGGACGGUCUUAUGCCGAGUUGGAUGUCCUGUUUGAGAACCGUGUUCCUACUAGGCAGUUUGCUACUGCCAAGACUGGGUUGGUUCAGGCUGAUCUUAAGGAGGAGGGUGUUGCUUAA